GCUUUCAUAAGCAUUCAGGGAAAUAAACACGCGAGGAAGUGGCGUAUCUGGCUAUAUCGACCACUACUCAAAUUCGACAAGCUCCUUUCUGUAACCAUUGCGUGCUGCAGACAAGAUCCUCUACAGCUGCCAAAAUGAGGGUGAAAAUUCACAUAAUUUACUGUGGUGGAUGAGGGUACAGGCCCAAGUUCACCAGGCUCAAGGUGUUGCUUGAAGAUGAAUUUAAAGGCGACCUUGAGAUUACCGGAGAGGCCACACCCACAAUGUCUGGGUGGUUUGAGGUGGAGGUGAAUGGCAAACUGGUGCACUCCAAGAAGAACGGAGAUGGCUUCGUGGACAACGACCAGAAGAUAGCCAAGCUUGUGAAGGCCAUCAAAGAGGCCAUGGAUAAAUGAAACCGCUCCAGUGCUGGAGUUUGUUCGUCUCUGUUCGUCAACCCCUCUGGUAGUGCAACCAUGAUGGUGACUUCUGAAGUGUCGCUGGCACGGACGUCGCUUGAUGCUCCCCGCGCUUCCGAGGAGAAGGCUUUCCGAGUAGACAAACUCCGGAUGUGAAACGGAUUUACGUAAUGUUUAGGGAAUUUGCGCGGCAAUACAUUUUAUUAACUGUUUUAAGGUUUGCUUUUCGUUGCUUCGAGUCGUUGUUACUGUAAAUGCACAAGUUGAAGAAAAAAGUUGUGACAUUUGAAAAUCGAAAAUGAGUUCAGCAAUAAAAAGGAAGUUAGCCCUGAAA